AUGGGUGGGUUGGCCGCUGGCUUGACUCUGCCCUCUCUAGUGCACUUGCAGCUGGUGCUGAUUGGAGAGGCAGAAGAAUUCCCUUUGCCGCUGGAACUCCUUUCUAAUCUCCGCGGUUUGGUAAUCUGCAAUGCCGCUUGCAUGCGGGAGCUUCCGGAAGGGUUUGGUUCGGAGUUGCGGCGGCUGAGGCGGCUGGAGAUUUGGCGGGCUGAGGAGUUAACAGAUCUGCCAGAGAGCUUCACGAAGCUUCAGUCGCUGACUUCCAUUGUGAUCCAUGCACCUGAGCUCUCCUCUCUUCCGGACGGCAUCGGGGCUCUAUCCUGGCUGCGGCAGCUGAAUCUUGAAGAAUGCUCAUCGCUCACCCACCUACCUGCUUCUCUCACCCAGCUUUCCUGCCUUCAUGAGCUGAACCUCAGCAGCACCCCCAUACGCUCCCUGCCUUGCCACUUUGGACAGCUGAGCCGACUUAAGAAACUUAACCUGGAUGGCUGCGAGGAGUUGGCUGCUCUGCCGGAGGAUUUUACCCAGCUUAAGUUGCUCCACAGCUUGAGUGUUAAAGGGUGUGGCGAGAUUGUAUCUGAAGGUGUGAGAGAUAUGCAUGGGUUGCAGGUUCAUGCCACUGAUUCCGAUGAGGAUGAGGAUCCUUUUUUAGGCUUGCCUUUCUGA